AUGAACGGCGAAGACCCGCCUGAGAGGCCAGAGGGCAUCACUGCCAUCAUCAACGGCCUCGAGCGGUAUAACCCCGAGGCCGUCAGCCCCUUGGAGGCAUAUCUGCAGGAGCAGUGCGAGCAGAAGUACACCGACUGCAAUGCCAACCGCACCCUGUUGAAGCUUUACCAGCUCAACCCUGACCGGAUCAAGGAUGAGGUCGUGACCAACAUCCUGGUCAAGGCCAUGGCCGAGUUCCCCUCCUCGCAAUUCUCCCUGGCCCUCCAUCUCAUUAACCCCUCGGCCGCCUCAAAUGGCGAGCUCCACGAGGCUGUCGGCAAGCUCCGCGCCCUCAACGGACAGCUCGAGGGUGCCCAAUAUGCCGGCUUCUGGGCCGACAUUGACGGCGACGAUCUCUGCGCCGACCUUAUCGCCGACAUUGUCGGCUUCGAGGACGUUGUCCGCCACCGCAUUGCCUUGCUGGUGUCGCAGUCCUUCCGUGAGCUCCAGCUCAGCCACCUCGAGUCAUGGCUUGGCCUGAACGAGGAUGCUACCAAGAAGUUCAUCACCGAGGUCUGUGGCUGGACUGUCGACGGUGAGGGCAACGUUAAGAUUCCUGCCAACCCCGAGAACGAGGCCAAGAAGUCCGAGAUCCGGGAGGAUGUGAACGUCGAGCAGUUCUCUAGAGUGCUCCGACGUGCCUGGGAAGAGACGGUGUAG